AAAUCGAAACCAGAAGUAAUGCAACGAAGAGACGAAGGUGAAGACGCUGAUAUACUUACAGAAGAUAUUCAAGUGCCUGCAGAAACAAUUUUGAGAGUGGAAAAUGAAAAACCACAAAUAGAUUUUGAAAAAGUCCCUCAGAUGGCUGUAUCUGUCGUGAAUAAUUCUCUAAUGGUAUCGAAGUUUGAAGAGCUCGAACAAUCUGUAAAACACUUGCAAGAUCGGUAUCAGGCUUUGGAGGACUUGUCUACCUCUCCGGAAAUCGAACGUUUAAAAGAUCGAAUUGCAGAUCCUGCCGCGGAUUUGUGGCAAUUUAUUAACACCAAUAAAAGAUUGGACGCUAAUGAACAAGCUUACAGCGAUGGUACAAGAUGUGAUCAAAGGUGAUGUUGGCGUAGUAACAGCAGACACAUCUUUGAUUAAUACAAGAUUGGAUGAACUCGAAGAUAAGGUCU